AUGGCAUUAAUCUACCUCGCCUUCUCAGGAAUACAGCCGAAAGACGUACAGGAUUACAAGUCCAAAUACAUCUGGCCGUAUGGUGAACAAUUUUACUCGUUAAUGGCCUCCAGAUUGAACCACUCGCCUUUAUUGAAAACCCAUAUCUGCGUUUCUCAGUUGGAGGCCAUGGUACACAGACUCCAAGCUUUACAUCCAGAGGAAGUUCAUGUGGCCCUUACAAGACGCCAAAGGAUCUGCCUCGACAAGGAUUAUAGCAUCGAGGAGUAUUAUCGGCAGGCAUUCCUCUCGCUGCAUCUAGGAUUGCUGCCCAAAAUUUACCAGCUCCUCCAAGAGCCCGUAUCGACUGCAGAAGUGACCAUGUGCCAUUUGGCUCAUCUCUAUGCCGAGGCUUUCCAGAAAGCGCCAUCCGUGGAGGCUCUUGAAGGCAUGUUCACAAGUACUCCGGAGAUUUUGGACUCAAAACCCGAUAUAUAG